GAUAAAUUGAGUAGCGCUCGCCGGGUUUCUUCACAAUAACACAGGAAGGAACAGCAUUUUUUGCUCCAGUAAAACCGACUAACGCGUGGAAUCGGUGCUGUUUUGAAGAAGCCCGUAAAAACAAAGUGCCGUUAAAUCAUUGUUGUCCACGGAAGUCCCUUUUAAUGCCUGUCUUUGUUUGUUGUUAGCGUCUAGAGCUGUGUGGCUGCCAACAUUUGUCCAAGUGGUGGUUGGAAUAUGGCUCAGCAUGGACAUCAUGUAGCCAGUUCACAAAAAGCACUCAUGCUGGAAAUGAAAAGUCUGCAGGAUGAGCCGGUGGAAGGCUUCAAAAUAACUUUGGUCAACGAGUCGGACAUGUACAACUGGGAAGUGGCGAUCUUCGGACCUCCCAACACACACUACGAGGGGGGCUAUUUUAAGGCUCUUCUCAAGUUCCCAGUGGACUAUCCCUACUCCCCACCCGCCUUCCGCUUCCUCACCAAGAUGUGGCAUCCUAACAUUUAUGAGAAUGGAGAAGUUUGCAUCUCCAUCCUGCACCCUCCGGUGGACGACCCCCAGAGUGGUGAGCUGCCCUCAGAGAGGUGGAACCCCACCCAGAAUGUGAGGACCAUCCUCCUCAGCGUCAUCUCCCUGCUGAACGAGCCCAACACCUUCUCCCCGGCCAACGUGGACGCCUCCGUCAUGUACCGCAGGUGGAAGGAGAGCAAGGGCAGGGACCGGGAGUACAUCGACAUCAUCAGGAAGCAGGUGCUAGCAACCAAAAGCGACGCGGACCAUGACGGCGUCAAGGUCCCUGUGACGCUGGACGAGUACUGUGUGCGCACCCAGGUGCCACCCACGGACGAUGGGUCCAACCUGCUGUACGACGACUACUACGACGAUGAGGACAUGGAGGAUGACGAGAACGACAACGAGGACUGUUGCUAUGACGACUCGGGCACAGAGGACUCCUGACCUCCUUCCUCUUUGGGACUUUCAAUCUCCCGCCCUCAUCUCUCACCACAGACCCCGCCCCUGCCUCCUCCUCUUCCUCCUUCCACAUGUGCAGUCAGUUUGUGCUGAAAUGUUUUUCUUUUUCUCACACACACCACAGGACAGUGGCGUGUUGGUGUUUUUUGAAAGGAUAAGGACAAAUGUAAGACGGAUGAAGACCAGCCACCUGUGAUUAGAAAGCUGUGAGUGUGCUUUUUGAGCCACUGCCUCGCUGGUGCCUUUCCUCCAUCAUUGCCUGCACGGCAGCGCUUGGGUUGUUCUUGGUGACCCUCACGUGAUCUCCAACAUUGUGGAUGAGACCAUGUGAGCGCCCUCACCUGCUGGAACGCUCCUGUAUUUCCUUUAUGGCGUCUUGGCGGUCAAGCAGGGAGCGCAGACAAGGAACAGUGCUAAGGCUCCGGCCAGGCGCACACCCCCACUUGCUGAUCAGCGGCGUUUGGUCUGUGCUGCAUGGUGUCAGGAAGGGGUCAGGGGUCAAUGUGGGCGUGAUGUGUUUGUGUAUGGGCUGUGCAGCAUUCAGGCUGGGCUUCGUGGAGCCAAGGAAGACCGGCUUCACUGCAACGUGAGCCGAGUAGCGUGGCGUCACUGCUCUGCUUUCUUCAACAAAAAGAGCUCAGGAAAACAAAACAUCUUUUUUGGCUCAUGGACUGUUUACACUUAGCUAGCUUGGUAUGCACCAGCGCAUACUUUUCACCAUCACUU